GACCAUAGUUGAAGAAACCUCGCCGGCCCUUUGAACAUUGAAAUUUGAAAGUGACGUGCUUAGGUUUUAAUUUUUCACCAAUCAUAACAUUUGUAUAAACAUAGUCAAACCUUCGUUUAAACGAUAGUGAAAGUAUAAGAAGAUGAUGAAGAAGAAGAGUAGACAUGCUUACUGGCCGAGACGCGGCGGUUGAGGCUGUUUCCGGCGCCGGGAUUGUAACCAGAGCGGUGAUCGGGGGAUUCUGGUUUGUUUGUUGAUGUUGAUGAAUUUGGGUGUACCGUGCCGGUUUAAUUCUGAACCGGUGGAAAUUACGGUUUAAUCUUUUGAAAAUUGGAGAAAUCGACGCGGCGAACGUAGGGUUUGUGGGAAAUUAAUAAAUAUUGGGCCGAGUUUAGGCCUAUCAGAAUA